AUGCCUGUUAUUCUCCCUUUGCCACUAGUUUCUCUCUCAAAAGAACCAAACCCUUUAGUCUUUGAUGCAUCCAUUCUGCAAAAUGAAUCCAGUAUACCCUCACAGUUUGUAUGGCCGGACCAUGAACAGCCCCGCCGUGAACCACCGCCACCACCGCUUCAUGUUCCUCCAAUUGACCUAAAAGCCUUCUUCUCCGGCGAACCACUUGCAGUCUCCAAUGCAACUCGUCUCGUCAACUCUGCGUGUCAAGAACAUGGUUUCUUCCAAGUUUUCAACCAUGGUGUUGAUUCUAAUUUGAUCAAUGAAACCCACAAGAUUAUGAAUCUCUUCUUUGGGAUGCCAUUGUUGGAGAAGCAAAAAGCUCAACGAAAGUUUGGUGAAUAUUGUGGGUAUGCAAGUAGUUUCACGAAUAGAUUCUCCUCUAAGCUUCCAUGGAAAGAAACAUUCUCUUUUCGGUAUUCUUCGGAUCCAAAAUGCGCGAACAUCGUUCAAGAUUACUUCGUGAACGUAAUGGGAGAAGAUUUUAGCAAUUUCGGGAGGGUUUGUCAAGAAUAUUGCGAAGCUAUGAGCAAACUAUCUCUCGAGAUCGUGGAGCUACUCGGAACGAGCCUUGGAAUCGAUCGAUCCUAUUUUAGGGAUUUCUACAAAGAAAACGAUUCGAUCAUGAGAUUGAACUAUUACCCUCCUUGUCAAAAACCUAAUCUAACUCUUGGAACCGGUCCUCAUUGUGAUCCGACAUCCGUAACCAUUCUUCAUCAAGACAAUGUUGGCGGGCUUGAAGUAUUCGUUGACGAAAAAUGGCAUUCUAUCGCUCCUUGCUCCGAAGCCUUUGUUAUCAACAUCGGGGAUACUUUCAUGGCACUAUCGAACGGAUUAUACAAGAGUUGCUUACAUAGAGCGGUCGUGAAUAGUGAAACUUCUAGGAAGUCUCUCGCGUUCUUUCUCUCGCCUAGAAUGGACAAAGUCGUGAGACCGCCUAAAGCACUGGUUGAGGACGAUACACGAAGGGUUUAUCCCGAUUUUACGUGGUCGAGUUUCCUCGAGUUCACUCAGAAACAUUAUCGAGCAGACGUGGAAACCCUAGAUGCAUUCUCAAAUUGGCUACAAAACGAAGGAAAAUAA